AUAUAUAUCUGUCAAGUUUAAAAUAGUGCCUGGCACAUGGUAAUCGCUUCAUAAGCAAUUAAUAAACAAUAUAGUAACUAUUAUAAAAUAAUAAUAAUAAUAAUAAGCUUUCCCUGGUUGGGUACAGGGCUUUCCAAAGGUUAGUAUAAAAAAAAAACACGUGUUUAAAUAAAGAGGCAAUACCUCUUCGUAGCAAAAUAGUUAAAUAGCACGAAAAGGGACGCCAAGUGCCCGCUCUCCCCAGAGAGCGUUUCUCACCCUAGCGAGUUUCUUGUGCGUUUCCUGCGAUGUUCUAUGCCCGCAGAAGCCUAUGGAUUGUGUGUGUGUGUGUGUGUGUGUGUGUGUGUGUGUGUGUCCCCAUGUCCUCACACAGACUAUACAUACCCGCCGUCCUGCCCCUUUUUUAGCACGUAACCGUCUCGCAGCUCGCUCUGCAUCCGCCCCUGCGAAACCAUCUGAGUCACGCCCCUUGACAGGUGCCAGGUCCCAAUGCUAUUUCCGAGUUCACAGCUUCCCAGCACAGUGUGCCCUGGUGGGGGGGGGAGGGGGGCUUCCCCCCCGUUUUACAGACGAGGCAGCUGGAGCUGAGGGGGCAUCGCUCGUCUGAUGUCACCUGCAAUGACGUCUGGAGAGCCCCUGCACGUGCGGACCCCCGUCCGUGACAGCAUGUCCCUGUCCAAAGUGGCGGGCACCAGCGUCUAUCUCAAGAUGGACAGCGUCCAACCUUCAGGCUCCUUCAAGAUCCGGGGCAUCGGACAUCUCUGCAGGAUGUGGGCUGAGCAAGGCUGUGAACACUUCGUCUGCUCCUCGGCGGGCAACGCAGGCAUGGCAGCCGCCUAUGCCGCCAGGAAGCUGGGCAUCCCUGCCACCAUCGUCGUGCCCAGCACCACACCUGCCCUCACCAUCGAGCGGCUCAAGAAUGAGGGCGCCGUGGUCAAGGUGGUGGGUGAGAUGUUGGAUGAGGCCUUUGAGCUGGCCAAGGCCCUGGCAAAGAACAACCCAGGCUGGGUCUACAUUCCUCCCUUUGACGACCCCCUCAUCUGGGAAGGCCACACUUCCAUCGUGGAAGAACUGAAGGAGACGCUGAGUGCAAAGCCGGGGGCCAUCGCGCUGUCGGUGGGUGGCGGGGGCCUGCUGUGCGGGGUGGUCCAGGGGCUGCAGAAGGUGGGCUGGGGGGACGUGCCCGUCAUCGCCAUGGAGACCGCCGGAGCCCACAGCUUCCACGCCGCCGCCACCGCGGGCAAGCUCGUCUCCCUGCCCCAGGUUACCAGCGUGGCCAAGGCCCUGUGCGUGAAGACCGUGGGGGCUCAGGCCCUGAAGCUGUUUCAGGAACACCCCAUUUUCUCUGAGGUGAUCUCGGACCAGGAGGCUGUGGCCGCCAUUGAGAAGUUUGUGGAUGACGAGAAGAUCCUGGUGGAGCCCGCCUGCGGGGCGGCCCUGGCCGCCGUGUACAGCCGCGUGGUUCAGAAGCUUCAAGCGGAGGGGAAGCUCCGUGCCCCGCUGUCCUCCCUCGUGGUCAUCGUCUGUGGCGGCAGCAACAUCAGUCUGGGCCAGCUGCGGGCCCUCAAGGAACAGCUGGGCAUGAAGAACGGGCUGCCCGAGUGAGGGCCUUUCUCCGCCGCCGGCCUCCCCUACCCGGGGCGGGGGUGGGGGGCAGGUACCCCCGGGGGAGCUGGAGUUUUAUCCAGCGUCUCACUGUAAAUAUUAUUCUUGCGUCUGCCGGUGAG